AUGUAUUUCUUUACUUUGCAGAUGACUGACUCAAUGAAUGUCUCCAAGACAGAUUCUAAUUUUGCUUCUGUGAGUGAAUUUAUACUCCUAGGCUUCUCUUUUGAAUGGCAUAUUCAGAUCUUCCUCUUCUCACUCUUUACCACAACCUAUGUUCUGACCAUAACAGGAAAUGGAGCCAUUAUUUGUGCAGUGUGGUGUGACCAGAGAAUUCACACACCAAUGUACAUAUUCUUGGGGAAUUUUUCCUUUCUGGAGAUAUGGUACGUCUCUUCUACGGUCCCCAAGAUGUUGAUCAACUUUCUCUCAGAGACAAAGACCAUCUCCUUUGUUGGCUGCUUUCUCCAAUUUUAUUUUUUUUUCUCUUUGGGCACUUCUGAAUGCUUUCUUUUGACUGUCAUGGCCUUUGACCGGUAUCUUGCUAUCUGCCAUCCUUUACACUAUCCCAAUAUUGUGACUGGACAUCUCUGUGCUAAACUAGUUGUUAUCUGCUGGGUUUGUGGGUUUCUGUGGUUCCUGGUACCCAUUGUUCUUGUCUCUCAGAUGCCCUUUUGUGGCCCAAACAUUAUUGACCAUGUUGUAUGUGACCCAGGGCCUCUAUUUUCAUUAAUGUGUACCUCUGCUUCAAAAACUCAAUUAUUUUGCUAUACUCUAAGCUCAUUAGUUAUCUUUGGAAACUUCCUCUUCAUCCUUGGGUCCUAUACUCUUGUUUUAUUAGCUGUGUUUCGUAUGCCUUCAGCCACUGGAAAACGUAAAGCUUUCUCAACUUGUGGGUCUCAUUUGGCUGUCGUAUCACUGUUCUAUGGUUCCCUGAUGGUCAUGUAUGUGAGUCCAGGACUUGGACAUUCUGCAGGGAUGCAGAAAAUUGCAACCUUGUUCUAUGCAAUGGUAACUCCUCUCUUCAACCCCCUCAUCUAUAGUCUCCGGAAUAAGGAGAUGAAGGCAGCCCUAAAGAAAUUUCUGGGGAGUUCCAGCAUAAACUAA